ACGAGGCGAUUUGAAAAUACGCUCCGGGAGCGGGAGGCUGAGGCCGGCCGUACACGUUGUCGACCGUUGGGCUUCUGCUCGUACGCUCUUGCUGCCCGCCUCCCUGUCUCGCUGCGGGCUGGGUCCCUAGCACUCAAACAUGACCAAAAAAAGGAAACGCCAAGAUGAUUUUCAAAAAGUAAAACUAAAAGUUGGUAAAAAGAAGCCCAAGUUAGAAAAUGCUACUGCUACAAACUUUAAAACGAAGACUAUACAUCUGCCUGAACAACUCAAAGAAGAUAGAAUACUUCCAACAAACAAUAGAAAACUUAAUAUAAAGGAUCUCCUGUCACAGAUGCAUCACUAUAAUGCUGGGGUUAAACAAAGUGCUCUUCUUGGACUUAAAGACCUUUUUUCUCAGUACCCAUUUAUAAUUGAUGCACACCUUUCAAACAUAUUAAGUGAAGUGACUGCUGUGUUUACAGAUAAAGAUGCUAAUGUACGCUUAGCAGCAGUUCAACUUCUUCAAUUCCUGGCCCCCAAAAUACGAGCUGAACAAAUUUCUCCAUUUUUUCCUUUGGUAAGUGCCCAUCUCUCUAGUGCCAUGACUCACAUUACUGAAGGAAUUCAGGAGGACUCUUUAAAAGUUUUGGAUAUUCUGUUGGAACAAUACCCAGCUCUCAUUACUGGCCGUAGCAGUAUAUUGCUUAAGAAUUUUGUAGAACUUAUUUCUCAUCAGCAGCUGUCCAAAGGACUGGUAAAUAGAGACAGAUCCCAGUCCUGGAUACUUUCUGUAAAUCCUAAUCGGAGACUCACUUCUCAGCAAUGGAGGCUGAAAGUCUUAGUGAGACUCGGUAAAUUCCUUCAGGCCUUGGCAGAUGGAUCCAGUAGGUUGAGAGAAAGUGAAGGACUUCAGGAACAGAAAGAAAAUCCCCAUGCCACUAGCAACUCCAUUUUUAUCAACUGGAAGGAACAUGCCAACGACCAGCAACACAUCCAGGUUUAUGAAAAUGGGGGUUCACAGCCAAAUGUCAGUUCACAGUUCAGGCUACGGUACCCGGUUGGAGGACUAGGCACUGUGGAUGAAGGCCUGUCAUCUACUGAAAACCUGAAAGGAUUUAUCGAAAUAAUAAUUCCAUUGCUAAUUGAAUGCUGGAUUGAAGCUGUGCCUCCACAACUAGUUGCUUCUGUUGGAAAUGGUAUAGAACGAGAACCUCUUCAGGUUAUGCAGCAAGUCCUUAAUAUUAUUUCCCUUCUGUGGAAACUUUCUAAACAACACGAUGAAACCCAUAAGCUG